UGUCAGUUAGAGCCACAAGAUGGCCGCGGGGGCAGCUCCGCGCCUCAGCGCGCCGGGCCCGGGAGCCGCCGCCGGCCGCUCGGCCGCGCAGCCCUGAGCGCCGCCCGGGCCGCCGCGCCGCACCGUGCCAGGGCCGUCCGCGCGCCCGCCGGGCCCCCGCCGCCGCCGCGGGCCCCGCCGAUUCGGGGCAGCCGGAGGGAGCCGAGCGGCCCCGCGAGCCGCCGGAGCCGGAGCCGGAGCAGCCGCGUCCCGCGGGCGCGAGCAGCAGCAGCAGCAGCAGCAGCAGCAGCAGCAGCAGGAGCAGGCGGAGGGCCGCGGCCGGGCCGCGCCGGGAGCUGAGCGGGCGCCCGCGAGGCCGCCGCCGCCGCCGCCGGGGACGGAGCCCAGGGAGAAGGAACAAGAAACACAAGAAGAGGAACAUUUGAUGGAAGAAAAGAAAAAGAAAAAGCAGGAAGAAAAGAAGAAGAAGGAAGGUGCUCAGAAAAAGGCUGCUGAUCCAAAAACCAAAGUGCCAGAACCUACUAAGACCUGUCCGAGCCAGCCCCAGCCUGCCAGUGCCGGCAGCAGGACUUGCACCAGCACCAUCUGCAGCAGCAGCAAUGGCAAACGCGCAGCAGCCAGCAGCCAGCAGCCAGCUGCCUCACGCUACCUGCCUCGCGAGGUGCCGCCACGCUUCCGCCAGCAAGAACAGAAGCAGCUCUUAAAGAGGGGCCAGCCGCUGCCCACAGGGACUCUGACCGGCGUGAGCCCUGCGCAGGGGGCCGCGCCCGCAGGGGCCAGCUCGCCUCCCCUCCCUGGAGCCAGCACGCAGCCACCUCCCAGUCAGCUCCCCGCAGAUCUCAGUGGAUUGGCAGAGCGUUAUGAUAACCCCCAGUGGGGAGAGCCGCCUACUCCCAAGAGUGAAGCCAGCCGCGGCUGGGAUCAAGUGAGCCUGGAUAGGUUGGACAAGGAGGCGUGGCCUUCCGGCCCGGGGCCCGAGCCCCAGGCACCCUCAGAAUGCCCCGCAGACACUGACUCUGCCUGCAGCUGCAGCUCGGAAGGCAGCAGCAUGGCUGCAGCCAGCGCUCCGGGCAGCUUCCCUGCACACAGCAAGAAGGCCAGCGGCAGCACUGGCACCCAUGGCACGGCCGUCCAAAGCCCUGCCAACCCAAGUGCCCUCGGCACAGGGGGCGCCGGUGGCAGUGGCGGCGCGACCAGAGGAUGGGGCAUAGCCACAGGCUCUGGCUCUGGCCUCCCUCACUGCUCUGUCGCCGCUGGGGAUGGGAAGAUGGACAACAUGAUUGGAGAUGGGAGAAGUCAGAAUUGCUGGAGUGCUUCCAGCUCCACUGCUAGCAUCAGUCUCAACCUUAACCCUAAUGCCAACCCCGCUGCCUGGCCUGUGCUCGGACAUGAGGGAGCUGUGGUGACAGGUAGCCCCGCCAGUGUUUGCAGUCCAGUCAGUGCCAUAGGUCAGAACAUGGGCAACCCGAACGGGCACCCACCGGGCACCUCAGGUGCUUGGGGCAGCGUGCUGUCGCAGGAGAGCACACAACCACAGCCGUCCACAUCCCAGAAUGUGUCCUUGAGCACACAACCUCAGAACCUUCACACUGACGGACCAAACAACACUAACCCCACGAACUCCUCACCAAACACUGGCAAUGCAGUGCAGACCAACGGACUGCCCAACUGGGGCAUGGCUGUGGGCAUGGGGGCCAUCAUCCCGCCCCACCUGCAAGGCCUGCCUGGUGCUAACGGAUCAUCACUUUCUCAAGUCAGUGGAGGUGAAGGAAUGAACAGUUCUGUGUGGGGAUUGUCCCCAGGAAACCCCGCCACAGGAAGUAGCAAUUCCGGGUUCGGUCAGGGGAGUGGAGACACUGUGAACUCAGCACUCAGUGCUAAGCAGAACGGAUCCAGCAGUGCUAUGCACAAGGAAGCAGGUGGGGGGAGUGCCUGGGGCUCAGGCCCUCCCGCUGGUCCUGGAGUACUGGCCUGGGGAAGGGGCAAUGGCAACAUGCAUGCAGGGGCUUGGGGCCACCCCAGUCGGAACACCUCUAACGGUGCAGGUGGGGAAUGGGGAAAGACCCCAAACCAGCAUUCCAGCAGUGACAUCAAUGGGAAAGGACCCACAGGGUGGGAGAGUCCUGGUGUGGCCAGCCAGACUCCUGCCAUGCAGCCUGGCAGUGAACACGUGACCUCUUGGGCCAAAGCUGCACCUUCUGGAACCACAGCAAGUGAAGGCAGUAGUGACGGUUCCAGCAGUCACAAUGAAGGAGGCGCCGGGAGGGAAGGAGCAGAAAGCCGGAGGCGAGACAAAGGGCUCCUGGACCAGGGGCACAUCCCGCUGCCAAGGAGCGACCUGGACCCCAGAGUGCUGUGCAACACUGGCUGGGGCCAGACUCCUGUCAGGCAGAACACCGCCUGGGACUUGGAAGAGUCCCCGAGGGCCGAAAGGAAAAGGGACGAUGGGACGGAGGCCUGGGGCUGCGCAGCCUCUCCACCCUCCAACUCAGGGGGCAGGAGCGAUGGGUCCAGCGUGAAAAGUACAAAUACCUCUACAGUAUCGGGGUGGGUCAGCUCACCCCCUGCUGCUGUGCCAGCAAAUGCAGGCUGGGGCGACAACCAUGGCAAAGCGGCCCGUGGCCCAGGCGCCUGGGGGGACACUGCGAGCUCUGCUGCUGCCACCAAGAGUGGCCACACUUGGAGUGGGGCCGCUGGUCAGGAGGACAGAUCCCCCACCUGGGGGGAACCUGCAAAACCCAGAUCCCAGAACUGGGGAGACGGACAAAGAGCGAACCCCAGCUGGAGCGCAGGGGCAGGAGACUGGGCCGACUCGGCGUCUGUGCUGGGCCACCUGGCGGAAGGGAAGAAGAACGCGCCUGGAUGGGAUGCUGAGAGCAGCAGGGCAGGGCCUGGGUGGGGUGAUAGCUCAAGGUCUGGAGCCGGUGGCUGGGGCACAAAUGCAAAGGUGAAUCCAGGUACAAACUGGGGGGAAUCUCUCAAACCUGCCCCCCAACAGAACUGGGCUACCAAGCCACAGGACAACAGCCUGAGCAGCUGGGGGGGAGCUGCUUCUGUGAAGCAGACAGGGGCAGGGUGGCUUGGGGGGCCCGUGCCAGUGAAGCAGAAGGACAGUGGGGAGGCCACCGGCUGGGAGGAGCCCUCGCCUCCAUCCAUCCGACGCAAAAUGGAAAUUGAUGACGGUACCUCAGCUUGGGGGGACCCAAGCAGCUACAACAACAAAGCUGUCAACAUGUGGGACAGGAACAACCCGGUGACCCAGAGCAGCGCCACUGCCACCACCCACAGGGGCGGGACGCCACCACCGCACCAGGCCAGCUCGCAGCUGAACCGAUCGCCAUUGCUUGGGCCAGUUUCCUCAGGCUGGGCAGAGGUGCCCAACAUCCACUCCAAGGCUGACAGCUCCUGGGCUGAGCCGCCCUCCCCCUCGGCCCUGGUGGACAAUGGCACAGCAGCGUGGGGGAAGCCCCCGAGCAGCAGCAGCGGGUGGGGAGAGCACCCGGCCGAGCCGACAGUGACCUUCGGAAGAGCCAGUGCCCCAACUGCUGCCCCAGCCCUGUGCAAACCAGCUUCCAAAUCUAUGCAAGAAGGCUGGGGCAGCGGUGGGGACGACGUCCAGCUCGGCGGCGGCCAGUGGGAGGACGAAGAGGGGGACCUGUGGGACACCGCUGCCUCCCAGGAGAGCGCCGCCUCCAACAGCUCCUGGGGCGGCACCUCCAAGAAAGGACUAAAGGGCCUGAAGACAUCUGCUAAACAGGACGAGGCCUGGAUCAUGAGCCGGCUGAUUAAACAACUCACCGACAUGGGCUUCCCGAGAGAGCCAGCCGAGGAGGCCUUGAAGAGUAACAAUAUGAAUCUUGACCAGGCCAUGAGCGCUCUCCUGGAAAAGAAGGUGGAUGUGGACAAGCGUGGCCUGGGAGUGACCGACUACAAUGGCGUGGUCCCCAAAGCCCUUGGCUGCCGCCCACCCAUCUCCAAAGAGUCUUCCAUGGACCGCCCCACCUUUCUGGACAAGCUCACCCUCCCUCUCCCCACUCAGGAAGGCGGCCUCGUGGAAGAGCCCACGACCUCACCGUUUUUGCCUUCCCCCAGCCUGAAGCUCCCCCUGGCAAACAGUGCACUCCCCGGUCAGGCCCUGGGUGGGGUCGCCUCAGGGCUGGGCAUGCAAAACUUGAAUUCUUCUAGACAGAUUCCGAGUGGCAGUCUGGGUGUGUUUGGCAACAGCGGAGCAGCACAAGCCAGGACCAUGCCGCAGCCGCCGGUGCCACCUCUGAAUUCCUCCCAGCCCAAUCUCCGUGCUCAAGUGCCUCAGUUUCUAUCCCCUCAGGUUCAAGCACAGCUUUUACAGUUUGCAGCAAAAAACAUUGGUCUCAACCCUGCACUACUGACCUCGCCAGUUAACCCUCAGCAUAUGACGAUGUUGAACCAGCUCUAUCAGCUGCAGCUGGCAUACCAACGUUUACAAAUCCAGCAGCAGAUGCUACAAGCCCAGCGUAACGUUUCCGGACCCAUGAGACAACAGGAGCAGCAAGUCGCACGCACAAUCAGUAACCUGCAGCAGCAGAUCCAGCAGCACCAGCGCCAGCUGGCCCAGGCCCUGCUCGUGAAGCCACCGCCUGCGCCACCGCCGCCCCUGUCUCUGCACCCCUCUGCAGGCAAGCCGGCCACGGAUAGCUUCCCCCCUCACCCCCAGGCUCCUGGCCUCCCCGACCUGCAGACCAAAGAGCAGCAGUCUUCACCCAACACCUUUGCUCCUUACCCGCUCGCUGGACUGAAUCCAAACAUGAAUGCCAGCAGCAUGGACAUGGCCAGCGGCUUGUCGGUGAAGGACCCGGCUCAGUCCCAGUCACGCCUCCCCCAGUGGACACACCCCAGCUCGAUGGAUAACUUGACCAGUGCUGCCUCUCUGGAUCAGAGCCCUAGCAAACAUGGUGCUAUCCCUGGGGGUCUCAGCAUUGGCCCUCCAGGCAAGUCCUCCAUGGAUGACUCUUACGGCCGGUACGAUCUCCUCCCCGACAGCGAGUCCCCAGCCAGUCCCCCCGUAGCUGUGCCCCAUAGCUGGUCACGUGCCAAACCUGACAGCGAGAAGAUCUCCAAUGGCUCCAACAUCAGCUGGCCCCCAGAAUUCCACCCCGGGGUCCCGUGGAAAGGACUUCAGAACAUCGACCCCGAAAACGACCCUGACGUCACACCCGGCAGCGUCCCCAGUGGGCCGACUAUCAACACCACCAUCCAGGACGUCAACCGCUACCUCCUUAAGAGCGGAGGGCCCUCCCCACCGUCCUCCCAGAAUGCCACGCUGCCUUCCUCGAGUGCCUGGCCACUCAGUGCCUCCGGCUACAGCAGCUCCUUGAGCAGCCUUGCGUCGGCACCUAGUGCCCCAGGUAAGCUGUCGGACAUGAAAUCAACGUGGUCCUCCAGCCCGGCCUCCCACACACAAGCCUCCCUGUCUCACGAGCUGUGGAAGGUGCCUAGGAACCCUGCGGCACCCACGAGGCCGCCGCCCGGCUUAGCCAACCCCAAGCCUUCCUCCACGUGGGGUGCCAGCCCCCUGGGCUGGACCAGCUCCUACUCCUCGGGUUCUGCUUGGAGCACUGACUCCUCAGGAAGAACAAGCAGCUGGCUCGUCCUCCGAAACCUCACACCCCAGAUCGAUGGUUCUACUCUGCGGACACUGUGUCUGCAGCACGGGCCUCUCGCCACCUUCCACCUGAACCUGACCCAGGGCAACGCCGUGGUCCGUUACAGCUCCAAGGAGGAAGCCGCCAAGGCCCAGAAGUCCUUGCACAUGUGUGUCCUAGGAAACACUACCAUCUUGGCAGAGUUUGCCGGCGAAGAAGAAGUGAACCGCUUCCUAGCCCAAGGCCAAGCACUGCCACCCACCUCCAGCUGGCAGCCGAGCGGCGGGGCGGGCCAGCCGCGGCUGGGCACCUCCGGCAGCUCCCACGGCCUGGCGCGCAGUGACGCCGCCCACUGGAGCGCUCCUUGCAUAGGCAGCAAGGGCAGCAGUGAGCUGCUGUGGGGAGGGGCACCCCAGUACUCCAGCAGCCUCUGGGGGCCCCCCAGCACCGAUGACAGCAGGGUGGUUGGCAGCCCCACCCCGCUGAGCACCCUGCUGCCCGGGGACCUGCUCAGCGGGGAGUCCAUGUGAGCCGCGGCCUGGCGGCCCUCUGUACCUCUGUCCAGGACUGCAGACAGACCUGCACACAGCCCCGUGGACUGUUCCCGCAGCGCGGGCUGCGCCGGGUCGGCGUCACUGCGCACGACAGGAUGUUCCUCAUAGCUUUUCAUUUUGUGUUGUCUUAUGUUUGUACGGUGUGUUGUCAUUUGAUUUUUUAAGUAUAAAAGCUGCUUAGACUAGUUCUAUCAUGAAGGGCACUUUUCAGACUGUGGGCUGCGGGGAAGACUAAGCCUGUCCAAGUGAGCCUGGGACAAUUGUGCACAUACCAGGGUGGCAGGGCCACGGGCAGGCCGGCAGGCCGGCGGGCCGGCGGGGACAGCCACCGCCGCCACCCCGCUCCCAGCCCCCGCCCGGCCCGCCUAUGCACGUGGCCCUUGUUGCAUUACUUUUUCAUGUCAUUUUUUUUUAUCCCAAAAAAAUAUUUUUUAAAAGUUAAAAAAAAGACAUAUCAAACAUGCAAAUACUUGAAUCCAACAGGCCAAUAAUGAAAUGUGAACACUUUGUAAAUCUAAUCCUAACUUCCAGGUCGCCAUCAGUACACAAACAGGCUCUAGGAAGACUUCCGAGUCCACAGGCUACGCGUGGGUGCGUGUGAGGAGGCGUGC